GUGGUUGGGCUGUUUGCAUCAACGAGAUAUAAAAAGGAAGAUCUGGUCGCUGCCCUUUGAUGGGAGAGCUGGGGUUGGUAGUUUUCCGACUUUCCUCCCUCGCGCCUCAUCAGCAUAGGAAUCUCAAGGCUUGCUGACUACCCUGCCACAGCUGUGUGACCUGCGCCAAGGAGAGUAGAGGCUGGCUUUGACAGAAUCAAGAGUGACUGAGGACACUUGUUUCACUGAAAGCAAGAGCAUGAAUAAACUCCAAUGCUGAGCUCAUCAUCAUCAUCAUCUUAGUGGUCCCUGGGCGUGCUCCAAAGGCUGAACUCACCCAUACAUACAGCCAGACCUCAGCUCAUUGCUGGAAAUGGCCCUCUCCGUGGACUCAUCUUGGCCCCGGUGGCGGUGGCGGGUCCGAGACAGCUUUCCCCAGACUCCGUCAGAAACCACGGCACUGCUCUCUGCAGAGAAGGGGAGGCAGGACCACAACCUACCGCAGCAGCGGGUCGUGAUCCCCAACAACAGCCUUUGCCACCAGGAUUGGGACAAGGUCUCCAGGAGAUACCCCGGCAAUACCAUCUGCACCACCAAGUACACCCUCUUCACCUUCCUGCCCCAGAAUCUCUUUGAACAGUUUCACAGGUGGGCCAACCUCUACUUCCUGUUCCUGGUGGUUCUGAACUGGGUCCCCUCCCUAGAAGUCUUCCACAGGGAGAUCACCAUGCUACCUCUGGUCAUCGUGCUGUUCAUCAUCAUGGUCAAGGACGGCAUGGAGGACCUCAAGAGACACCGCUUUGAUAGAGAGAUAAACCGCUCCAGCGUCAGAAUAUAUGAAAGGAAAGAGCAGCGCUACCUGCAGAAGUGCUGGAAGGACGUGCGCGUGGGUGACUUCAUCCAGAUGCAGUGCAAUGAGAUCGUCCCCGCAGACAUACUCCUCCUCUUUUCUUCAGACCCCAGCGGGAUCUGCCAUCUGGAAACCGCCAACUUGGAUGGAGAGACAAACCUCAAACAAAGAUGUGUCGUCAGGGGCUUCUCCCAGCAGGAGCUGCGGUUUCAACCAGAGCACUUCUGCAAUACCAUCGUGUGUGAGAAACCCAACAACCACCUCAACAAGUUUAAGGGUUAUCUGGAGCAUCCUGACCAGACCAGGACUGGUUUUGGCAGCGAGAGUCUUCUGCUUCGAGGCUGCACUGUCAGGAACACGGAGGUGGCCGUUGGCAUUGUCGUUUAUGCAGGCCACGACACGAAAGCCAUGCUGAACAACAGCGGCCCCCGGUACAAGCGCAGCAAGAUUGAGCGGCGCAUGAACACGGACAUCUUCUUCUGCAUCGGGCUCCUCUUCCUCAUGUGUCUCAUUGGAGCUGUAGGUCACGGCCUCUGGAAUCGGAACUUUAAGGAUCACCCUCCCUUCGAUGUGCCAGACGCCGAUGGCCACUUCCUUCCCCUUGCUCUUGGGGGCUUCUACAUGUUCCUCACAAUGAUCAUCCUGCUCCAGGUGCUGAUUCCGAUCUCACUGUACGUGUCCAUUGAGCUGGUGAAGCUGGGGCAAGUAUUCUUCCUGCACAAUGACCUUGACCUAUACGAUGAGGAGACCGAUUUGUCCAUUCAGUGUCGCGCCCUCAACAUCACCGAGGACCUGGGCCAGAUCCAGUACAUCUUCUCCGACAAGACGGGGACACUGACAGAGAACAAGAUGGUGUUCCGGCGUUGCUCCAUCAUGGGCAGCGAGUAUUGUCACCAAGAAAAUGCCAAGCGACUGGAAACCCCAAAGGAACUGGACUCAGAUAGUGAAGAGUGGACCCAAUACCAAUGCCUGUCCUUCCCAGCCAGAUGGACCCAGGGUCCUGCCACGAUGAGACGCCAAGGAGGUGCCCAGCCUCUGAGGAGAUGCCAUAGUGCCCGUGUGCCCAUCCAGGGCCACUCCCGACAACGGUCUGUUGGUCGCUGUGAAAGCUCACAGCCUCCUGUGGCCUUCAGCAGCUCCCUGGAGAAAGAUGUGACUCCAGAUAAAAACCUACUGACCAAAGUCCGAGAUGCUGCCCUGUGGCUGGAGACCUUGUCGGAUGCCAGACCUGCCAAGUCUUCCCACUCCACCACUUCCUCCAUUGCUGACUUCUUCCUUGCCCUAACCAUCUGCAACUCUGUCAUGGUGUCCACAACCACUGAGCCCAGACAGAGGGUCACCAUCCCACCCUCCACCAAAGCUCUGGGGACGUCCCUGGAGAAGAUUCAACAGCUCUUCCAGAGAUUGAAGCUAAUGAGCCUCAGCCAGUCGUUCUCAUCCACUGCACCCUCUGACGCAGACCUGGGGGAGAGUUUAGGGGCUAACAUGCCCCCCACAGACUUGGACGAAAAGGACGAUGCAUCCGUGUGCACUGGAGACUGCUCCACAGAUGUUGGCUACAGGAGCAGCACAUGGGACCAGGGUGACAUCCUGGGGUCCGAGUCAGGGGCAUCCUUGGAGGAGGCUCCAGGGGCCCCAACUCUCAGCCUGGCCAGCCCCGAGUUCUGUUACGAGGCGGAGAGUCCUGACGAGGCAGCCCUGGUGCAUGCUGCUCAUGCCUACAGCUUCACGCUGGUGUCCCGGACACCUGAGCAGGUGACUGUGCGUCUGCCCCAGGGCACCUGCCUCACCUUUGACCUCCUCUUCACCCUGGGCUUCGACUCGGUCAGGAAGAGAAUGUCUGUGGUUGUGAGGCACCCACUGACCGGCGAGAUCGUCGUCUACACCAAGGGUGCAGACUCGGUCAUCAUGGACCUGCUGGAAGACCCAGCCCAUGUGACUGACAUUGAUGUGGAAAAGAAGCUGAAGAAAAUCCACGCCCGGACACAAAAACAUCUAGAUUUAUACGCAAGAGAUGGCCUACGCACCCUGUGCAUCGCUAAGAAGGUAGUAAGUGAAGAGGACUUCAGAAGAUGGGCCAGUUUCCGGCGCGAGGCCGAGGCAUCCCUUGACAACCGAGAUGAGCUUCUACUGGAGACAGCACAGCAUCUGGAGAAUCAACUCACCUUACUCGGAGCCACUGGGAUCGAAGACCGGCUGCAGGAAGGAGUUCCAGAUACAAUUGCUGCUCUGCGGGAGGCUGGGAUCCAGCUCUGGGUCUUGACAGGAGAUAAGCAAGAGACAGCGGUCAACAUUGCCUAUGCCUGCAGACUGUUAGAUCAGACCGACACCGUUUACUCCAUUAAUACUGAGAAUCAGGAAACCUGCAAAUCCAUCCUCAGCUGUGCGUUGGAAGAGGUGAAGCAAUUCCAGGAGCCACCAAAGCCAGACCGCAAGCUCUUUGGCUUCCGCCUACCUUCCAAGGCACCAGCCACCACCGCCAGACCUAUGGCUCCAGAAGUUGGACUGGUCAUUGAUGGGAAGACACUGAAUGCCAUUUUCCAGGGAAAGCUGGAGAAGUUGUUUCUGGAGUUGACCCAGUAUUGCCGGUCUGUCCUGUGUUGCCGCUGCACCCCGCUGCAGAAGAGUAUGAUUGUCAAGUUGGUGCGAGACAAACUGAGCGUCAUGACCCUUUCCAUAGGUGAUGGAGCAAAUGACGUAAGCAUGAUUCAAGCUGCUGAUAUUGGAAUUGGAAUAUCUGGACAGGAAGGCAUGCAGGCUGUCAUGUCCAGUGACUUUGCCAUCUCCCGCUUCCGGCACCUCAAGAAGCUGCUGCUUGUGCAUGGUCACUGGUGUUACUCACGCCUAGCCAGGAUGGUGGUGUACUUUUUCUAUAAGAAUGUGUGCUACGUCAACCUGCUCUUCUGGUACCAGUUCUUCUGUGGUUUCUCUGGCUCCACCAUGAUCGAUUACUGGCAGAUGAUAUUCUUCAACCUCUUCUUCACUUCCUUGCCGCCUAUCAUCUUUGGAGUCCUGGAUAAAGACGUCUCUGCAGAAACACUGCUGGCGCUGCCCGAGCUCUACAAGAGUGGCCAGAACUCUGAGAACUAUAACCUGUCGGCUUUCUGGAUUUCCAUGGCGGAUGCGUUCUACCAGAGCCUUGUCUGCUUCUUCUUCCCCUACUUGACCUACAAAGGCUCCGAUAUCGAUGUCUUUACCUUUGGGACGCCAAUCAACACCAUCUCCCUCAUUACAAUCCUCUUGCACCAGGCAAUGGAAAUGAAGACAUGGACCAUUGUCCAUGGGCUUGUCCUGCUGGGCAGCUUCCUGAUGUACUUUGUGGUCUCCCUACUGUACAACGCCACCUGUGUUACCUGCAACAGUCCCACCAAUCCCUACUGGGUGAUGGAGAACCAGCUCUCGGACCCCACGUUCUACCUCAUCUGCUUCCUCACACCAGUUGCAGCUCUUCUUCCAAGAUACUUUUUCCUGUCCCUCCAAGGAACUUAUGAGAAGUCUCCUAUCUCAAAAGCUCAGAAAAUCGACACACUGCCCAUGGACAAAAGAAACCUGGAAAUCCAGAACUGGAGAAGUAAACGGAGACCCGCCCCUGUUCCUGGAGUGGGUCAGCCCACCCACGGUCCAGUGCCACCUGUCCCAGAGCAGGACUUCAGAACCAGCACCCCAAAGAGCUCCAUUCCUCCCAAGCGGAAACACACAGAGGACUGGGUGCUCCGUGGACAGAGAAGCAGCAGACAGUGUGGGAGGGAUGGCGCGUGCUCAGGGGAUUCCUCCACUCAGCUGUCAUCUGGGGAGCAUCUUCUGGGGCCAAAUAAGGCAUUGGCUCCUGAAACCUACUCCAGGGGACAGAAUGAUGUGUCCCGGCACUUGACUAGAGGCGGCCAUCGUCGAUCCCAGAGCUCACUGACCAUAUGAGGGGACUGCAGAUAUUCAUACAGACUCAGAAGAGGCCACUUGAUCACUGGCCCAAGUAUCCCUUGACCCUUCCUCCUCAUAGAGGGAAGAAUGGGCCAACCUUAUACUUUGCUACCUACCAGACUUGACUUCCUUAAAGGAACUGCUGGUUCCAAGGAGGUCGACAAAGAAGGACUGAAAAGCCAGCCCCCCUCUGAUUUUCUUCUGCUGCUAGGCAGCAUGUACUGCAAACGACAGAGUUUUUAUAAGUAGGCUAUGUUUCUAUUGCACUGAAUUCCUCAAUUUUUUUAGCCCACAUAUUCCUUAUGAUCUUCUAGAUAAGUGAAGCCUAGAACCAAAUGCAACUGGGCCACAGAUUUCCCAGAUUCCAAGAAGUCUACUAAUCCAGGCAAGAGCUCAGGAACAUAGUGGGUUUGUCAAACCAUCACCUCAUGCCUCAGUGUCAAGAGUUGAAGUCUCAGAUGAGACCUGUGCACACAAGGGCUUUAUCUUGAUGGCCAAGUCAAGGUGAACAUCUCUGCAUGGAAAGCUGGAUCUGCUUUCUGUCUCUAAGCCAAAGAAAAGCCAAUCUAAAGAUGAAAACUCCAUUUAAACUCAGUUCCACAGAUGCUUCUGAAGACUGUAGGGUCACACCAAGUAUAAGAGACAGGAAGACUGGUCAUGCUAAAGUAACAGGUGUACCAGGGGCUCUUGUUCUAGCUAACAGACCACAGGUGCCACCAUCUGAGAAAUCGUCCAAGAGGACAUGGACAUAAACAGCACUCUUUUCUUAAAACUAUUUAUUUAUUUAAAAUAGAAUUUCUCAUCCUCAUUCAGCUCUUAGAAUAGGAAACUUCAAAAAUCAGGAGAUCCUAACCUAUCUGCUCCCAGACCCAUAUGAUAGAGCAGCUCUAAACAAUGACAUCUUAAAGGAUAAGGUUAGUGUUAAAGCCACACUCAUUCAGCUUCUCCCAAGAAUAUUACCACCUGAAUGAAUGACAUUGCUUCAAUUAAACUAAGGAGAGAUGAAGGAAGUCUCACUUCAUAGGAAAAAGAAGGUUUGCAUAUACUUUGUAUCCCUAGAGGUCAUAAAUGCUAAAAGACAUACAAGAAGAGCUCAAAACAGUGUUGAAAUAAAAGAAUGGAUGACAAAAUAUAGAAUUCUCACAGGCCGUCAAGAAAAAGUCCACUGUAGGUAGUGGUAGCCUAUGCUGGGUCUUUUAAGAUAAGCCAGGGUGGGUUAUAGAGCCCCACCCCCACCUUAAUCUAGAACCUGCAGGUUAGGUGAUAAGUACACCAGGGGAUGCAACGAGAGUGGCAAAUCUGGCUAAUCCUGGAGUUGGAGAGUCAUAGCCACCAGUCAUGAAUUGACCUAUCACUUAAGUAACUUCUAGCAAAGACACCCCAAAAAGAGCUCAACAAUCAAGUUGCCAUUGGCAGACUGAGCUGACCAUCCUCUUGGAAAACCUGGACUUAAGGUGCCAUUUGGGCAUCAUCCUAAAGCCAACAUCACUGUCUCUACCAUAUCACAUGCUGCAUGGCCAGCAGGUUGGUGCUCAAGGGCAUCUGACAUGGAGAUUGCUAUGGAGAGAUGGAAAAAACCCACCAGGCAGAGCAGUAAGGAUUUCAGUUGUUCCAAGUGAGAUCAGUCAAGGCCUGGCCCUCCGGGAUCUCCCUUUCCCCAUGAUUCUACCUACUGCUAAUAGCUGAAAGAUUCAGGAAGGAUGCUCUUAAAAAAAAAAAAAAAAAAAAAAAAAAAAAAAAAAAAAAAAAAAAAAAAAAAUAGCACAGUGGCCUCCAGAGAUCCAGGUUUGAGUCUUUGCUCUGCCUCUAGAUUCUUUGGGAUCCAGGAGCCUUGAAGGAAGAUAUCACACUUGCAUAUUGGGUUAGAACUGUCCUACAGCCCAGAUCAGCAUAAGAAUCAAGCUGAAAUUCACUGGGAGGUCCUUGGAAAGAAGUAAUGCCCUCGGUAAUAGCACAAGGGAUUCUUACUUUGGAGAUAAGGGGAAAAGGGGCGACAGCAAAGUUGAAAAACGUCCAAUACCUCAACCUAAAUGCCCAACUAUACCAGGUACUCUGCCGCUGCCGUUUCCUUUGCAUGACCAACCAUCCAAGUUUACCCAGGCCUUUCCCAUUUUCACAAAGUUCUACCUGGGAAAUUGGAUCAAGUGGUACUACUGGUCAUCUCCUGUUGCCACUCUUUAUAAACCAAACCAACUGUGACAAGCCAAUGAACCAUCUAACUCAGAGGGAACGUGUAACAAGUAUUCCUCUGUAACAUAAUGCCAGUGAUUGUACUUAGUACAUUUUUCUACAUGUGUGAUCUUUCAUUGAUCAGCUGGAAAUAUAUCAUUUUUAGAAGAAAAAAAAAUAAAAAUGGUUUUCCAUAAUUGCCUGCCAGAUGUUCUUGUUA